GUGAAACAUCUCCUUUUGCUUUUUACAUGUGUAAGCAAUGAAAUUAAAUUAGAUUAAAAGUUUACGCAUUACAAGACUCAACAAGUUAAACUAAAGUCACCUACUCACAACAAACUCCUGAGAUUUGCUAUAAAUACUUCACAUCUGUGCAUUUGUCUCCAACACAAAAAAAAAAACAUAUUAUCAUAAGAGAAGAAGAAAAAAAAAAUGGUGAACACAAGUUUCGAAACACCUCCUGAAAUGCAUGUGGAGAUUCUGGCACGGUUGCCUCUGAAAUCCUUAAUGAAAUUCAUGUCCGUCUCAAAGAAAUGGGAAUCUAUCAUACGUGGGGAACAAUUCAGACGUGAUUACUUGAUCCAAUCAAUGACAAGGCCUCGAGUGUUGUUCGUCGCCAAUCGUAGAUACUUCCACAAUUUCAAACCCGAAGCGCUCUUUCAUUCUGUUUAUCAAGAGGAACCAUCGUCGUUAUCUAGUGUACAGCAGAUGCGUACAUACGAAACACCACUUUAUAAGGUUUCUCAACCCGUCCGUGGUUUGAUAUGUCAUCAAGGAGAUACUAAUAUUGUGAUUUGCAAUCCGGGUUUGAAAAAGUUUCGGAACUUACCGCAGAUCGAAGUGCCUGAAUUUGCAUCCAUGAGAAGUUUUUUCGGAUAUGAUGAAGUUAAGAAUGUAUUCAAGGUGUUAUGUAUAACACAGUUAGUAAAAUAUCAGACAACUACUGAAGGUGAUAUACACAAGGUGAGAUCGGAUGUAGGACAUCAGGUAUACACGGUGAGAUCGGAUGUGGAAUCUUCUUCUUGGAAAGGGAUCGCAUGUAAUUAUGAUUAUUCAGCAGUUACUGAAGGACUAUUUAAAGGAGGUUUCUUGUACUAUGGAGCUCAGUCCAAUAAUGACCAAUCUGUGGUAAUGAGUUUCAACGUGAGUUCUGAAGAUUUUAGUGUCAUUGAGUUGCCUAACGAAGUCGACUUUGAUAAUAAUUGGAAAUUGGUGAAUUACAAAGGGGGUAUUGCCUUGGUGGAUGAGGACAACUUUGACAUUCACUUGAAUGGCAAUAGAGUUUUUAAAAUUUUGUUUAGGAACGAAGUUGCUGGAAAUUGGGAGAUAGAGACCAUUGAGAUUCCUCGUUGGAAAGAAACGGUUGAUAACGAGGAUUAUCAUUUUAAAGGUACCAUUGGAACAGGAGAACUUCUUGUUUUCGUACCAACUCAUGGUACUCGGUUCGGGAGAAGAGUGUUGUAUUGCGAUGAAGCCACAAAGAACCUCAGAAGAUUUGAUAUUGAAGAAAGAAUGAUUGAUGAAGAUCAUAUUGUUCGAACCUUCUUUGAUCAUGUUGAUAGUACUUGGCUUAUGUGAAGAAUAUGACUUGGUCCAAGGUUAUCAGAAACUCUCGUUGGUUGUUCAGUCUCUCAAGUCUUAUUGGGAUUGCUAGUUUUCAUUUCUAUUGUCGUUAAUCGUCAUUUAUGCUAAAUAAUAAUAUCGUCUCUCAAUUAUAUUA